AUGUCAUUUAAUCAAAACAAUAUUAGUAUAACAACUCCUAGUUCAGGUCCUAAAGCUUCUAUACUAAAAUAAUAGAACGUAGCUUAAAAAAAAAGAGGAGCCCUCCAAAAUACAGAUGAUUAUAGUCUGAUUAUAGGAACUACUGGAUUGGAAAGAUUUGAGAUUGAAAAGCUAAAAGCAGUUUUUUCUAAAUUUGAUUUGCAAGAUAAAGGCUUUAUCAUGAAAUAUGAGUUAGAUGAUGUAUUUAAAUUUAUGGAAUUCAUGCCUGCAAAUGAUAUCAAAAAGUAUGUAAAUGAUGAACUUUAAGAAAGAGACAGACAACAAUAAACAAUAGAGUUCAUAGCUUGCUGUGAAAUUUACAGUAAAAUAAAGAAGAGACUUGCUGCUGAAGAAGAAGAAGCAUAAAAUAUUGAAUACAUUGAUGCUUUUGUAGCUCUUGGAGGUAACUUUGAUAGAACAGGAGUUAUCAGUAAAGAAGUUAUAAUAAAUACUAUCAAAAAUGAAUUUGGUCUACUUUUUGACAUUGAAAAGCUGUUUGAUUCUGCUCAUAUAACUUCUGAAAAUCUUACAUUCUAAGACUUUUGUAUGAUGUUUGAGAGUUCAGAAGAUUCAAAAAGCUUAAUUUCUGCAAUCUCAAAUUAGCAACAGUUCAGGUAAACAUAGCUUACAAGCGGGUUCGAUGUUAAAUACAAAGAUUUCGAGACAUGGAAUGCACAAUUUUGA